CAUUCAAGUUCAAAGAGAUCGCUCCACCUGAGCAGUCUUAAUGUCUGCUCCAAAGAGGUCUAUUUGGAACUAAUUUGGGGCAGCAACGACUGCAACUGAAUAAGAAUCACUACCAGGACAGAUAUAUAUUUUAGGAAGAGAAUGGUGUCAUGGAGAAGGUUACCAGGUCUCUUUCCAACCGUGCUGUUUCUUGUAUCCACUGCGAAUAUCUUCCUUGUGUUUUAUGUGAAGAAUGUAAUACAAGAACUGAAAAAUGAAAGCCACAGAUACUUAGCGGUUCAUCCCCGAUCUUUCAGCCAAGAAAAUGCAGUAAUUGAGCGGCUGGACCAUUUGGAGAUGUAUAUUCACAACAUCUCAGCCAAUUUCAUGAAAAAGCCCUCUCAUAAUGAAAGAAACAAACAGAAAGAAGAUGACAUAAAGCUGCCAGAGGAGUCAAAGGGUGAAAUGCACCAGGCUGAGAAAGCAAAGGAGGAAGACAAAAUGGAAAAGAAGGUUGUGCACAGAAAGCUGUUUCCAGAUUCAAAGCUGUUCAAGCGCUGGGGUGCAGAUUUAACAGAAGAGCAACAAACCACAGCCCAGGAUCUAUUCACUAAAUAUGGGUAUAAUGUUUAUCUCAGUGACCGUCUGCCCCUGGAUCGGCCUAUUCCAGACACCAGAUAUCCCAGCUGUAAAGUGAAAAAAUAUCCCCACGACCUCCCAACACUUAGUGUCAUUCUUAUAUUCAUGAAUGAGGCAAUGUCGAUCAUCUUACGUGCAAUUACUAGUAUAAUUAACCGAACGCCUUCUCAUUUGCUGAAAGAAAUUGUCUUGGUAGAUGAUUACAGCUCGAAUGAGGAUCUAAAAGGACAUUUGGAUGAACAGAUAAAAAAUUACAAUGCAAAACACCCUGGAUUGCUAAAAAUUGUGAGGCAUCAGAAGAGAGAAGGCCUAACACAAGCUCGGAUUUCCGGCUGGGAAGCAUCUACUGCCGAUGUUGUCGCAAUCUUGGAUGCCCAUAUUGAAGUGAAUGUUGGCUGGGCUGAACCUAUUCUGUCUCGAAUCAAGGAAGAUCGCACUAUUAUAAUAUCACCAGUAUUUGACAAUGUUCGCUUUGAUGACUUCGAACUUCUUGAGUAUGCUGUGGCUGCAGAUGGAUUUGACUGGGCACUAUGGUGCCUCUAUGAACCAUUACCAAAAGAAUGGUAUGCGCUCAAAGAUGACACGGCUCCAGUCCGGAGUCCUUCUAUUAUGGGGAUACUUGCUGCACAUAGAGUGUUUUUGGGUGAGAUUGGGGUACUGGAUGGCGGAAUGCAUAUAUACGGAGGGGAAAAUGUGGAACUUGGCCUGCGGGUUUGGCAGUGUGGGGGUCAAAUAGAAGUCUUGCCCUGUUCAAGAGUUGCUCACCUGGAAAGAGCGCACAAACCCUACAUGCUGGACUUGAGCAUUGCUAUGAGACGCAACGCCCUGAGAGUGGCUGAAGUGUGGAUGGACAACUAUAAAUACAUGGUUUAUUUCGCAUGGAAUCUUCCUAUUGAGAAUCCUGGAAUAGACUAUGGAGAUGUUUCUUCCAGAAAGGAGCUAAGAAAGAAACUGAACUGUAAAAGCUUUGAUUGGUACAUAAAGAACAUUUAUCCUAACUUAAUACCUUUGACCACCAUUGUUGGCUAUGGAACAAUGAAAAACACUCUGAAUGAGAACAUCUGCAUAGAUCAAGGCCCUGUCCCUGGAAACACUCCAAUAAUGUAUGGCUGUCAUACUUACUCACCACAGCACUUGUUUUAUCUCAGCACUGGAGAAAUGUAUAUAGGAGGUCUACGAUCUCGACAGAACACAGUAGAUCGUUGCCUAACUGAUCCUGACACAGGAGACCUGCCAUUCAUAGAGCAAUGUAAUGAGGCUGUGAAAAAGGGACUGAACAUGCAUUGGGAUUUUAAGCAGGGAUCAUCUGUGAUGAACAAGAAAACUAAGAGAUGCCUCGAAAUUGUAAAGGAUAGUCCAUCUUCGCCUUACAGACUUGUAAUGCAGAACUGCACUGGACAAAAAUGGAAUGUUCAACACACAGUUAAGGAUUGGGGCAAGAGAAGUGCUCUGAGAUAGCUUAUUUAUCUCAACCAACAGAUGACUUGGCAUUGAUUCUAGGAAGCGGGGAAAUUGGGAUCACCAGAAAAACACAUUCUUCAGAGGUUUCCAAAGAAGAGCAAGACAUCUGUUGCUAGGACAUUACACAAUGGAGAUUAUCUCAGGUAGACUCUAUAACAUUUUGGGGAGCACAUUUAUUGGUAUGGAGGAAUGUAUGAUCUGAAUUAUGGGAGGAUAUGGGCACAUAAACAGGAGGAUGAUGGACACAUGUACCAUAGGUAGGUAGUUAUCGUUGUGUGUAUUUAAGUUGACCGUCUGUGAGGAUAAACUGGAACCAAAGACUGGAUGAGAGAAAAUUGAUCUUGUAUAGAUCACUCGGGCGGGAGCUUGAAGAUUCUGUGGUAGAAGGGAAACUAAGGAAAUGCAAACAGAGAUGUUAUAAAGCAGGGGGUCUCAAACUGGGGGUUGCAAGGUUAUUAUGUGAGGGGUUGCAAGC